AUGUCCUCUACCCCGGAGAUCUCCUCCCCCCUUCUAUUCACAACACUACCCACGGUCCACUCAGCCACACCUGUAUUCUUAUCAACGGAGCCCAAUGUUACUGCUUGCGAGGAGUGGGAGCAGAGCCACCAUCUUCUUUUUCACUUGGGGAACGUGUCUCUUCUGCUGGGCCUGGUCAUCCCCACCACGCUCGGUCUGCACAUGAUCCUGCUUCGUCUUCUUCUAGCAACAGGAUGUCUCUUCUUCAUUGCUUGGGCAACAUUGUACAGGUGUAACAUGGACGUGAUGGUUUGGAAUGUGGUUUUCCUGGUGAUCAACUUCAUGCACUUGUUGUUUCUCUUGUACAAACGUAGACCGAUUAAAAUCGACAGGGACCUGAGGUUGGUGUAUAGGAGGAUGUUUGAGCCCCUACACGUGAAUGAGACUCUAUUUCGGAGGCUCACAGGCCAGUUCUGCACCAUAGAGACCAUUAAGAAAGGACAGGCUUAUGCAGCAGAGGACAAAACUUCUGUGGACGAACGACUCAGCAUUCUGCUCCAGGGAAAGAUGAAAGUGUCUUAUCGUGGCCAUUUUCUUCACAACAUCCAUCCCAAUGCGUUUAUUGACUCCCCAGAGUUUCGAUCAACUUUAAUGCACAGGGGAGAGAAAUUUCAGGUCACCAUUAUGGCAGAAGACAACUGUAAAUAUCUAUGCUGGUCUCGAGAGAGACUCACCUACUUCUUGGAGGCAGAUACAUUCCUUAAUGAGGUGUUCAGAUACCUUAUAGGGAAAGACAUUACCAACAAGUUGUAUUCUCUCAAUGACCCCACACUCAGCGACAAGGCAGUGAAAAAGAUGGAUCGUCAGCCCAGUCUUUGCUCCCAGCUAUCGAUGAUGCAAAUGCGGAACAGCAUGGCCAGCACCAGUGACAGUGAUGAUGUUCUUAAUCAGAUCCUGAGAGGAGGAUCUGGUGGCUCUUCUCUCCAAAAAUCUCCGUCUGUCAAACCCUCUUCAAAAAUGAAGCCGAUUGAGGAAGGUAUGGAAGAUGAUGUUUUUCUCGAUUCUCCUAUCUCCACGGCCUGCCGUCCAUCCAUCACAUCCACUGAGGACGUCUAA